CUUCCCGUUUCGUCUUCGCGCGCGCGCGCGCGUUGCACGGCGUGAAACGACGGCGGGAGGGGGGAGGGGGUCCUGAACGAGAGAGAGAUGUGGAAUGACGUCACGAGCUGCGGAUGCGAGGAGCUUUGAACGAGAGUGGCAGUCAGCGGCAGCGGCAGCGGUCAGUUCUGCGUCGUACGUUGUGUGCUCGCGAUGAGAAGCGACGCCGCCGGCCCGAUCGAUCGCGCGAAACCCCCCCGCCCGUGACAGUUGCUCGUGAACCGUGACGUGAAAUGGGUCGGUGUUUUUCUCCCCGUCAUACGCUCGCUCGAUCGUGUUAGACGAUUCUCCGUGAGAGACCGGAAGAUAUACAUCCUCGCGUCCGCGUCCGACGACUGUGAACGGUCUCCGCGCUCGCUCGCUGUGGGAGAUCCGGCGUGUUUACCGUGAAGCUGUGUGUACUGUCGCCGUCGCCUCGCCGCCCCGAGUGUCCCGCGUGUCGCGUGUGUUCCAGAGAAAAUGGUGCUCUCCAAGUGUUACGGGUGCGUCAAGUACUUGUUGGUCUGCGUCAACGUCGUAUUUUGGGUCAUCGGCUUGGCAGCGAUAGUCGUAACGUCAUGGUUGCUGUCGGGGCACACGUUUCUGGUGUCUCUGGCCCAGCAACAACACGACAACUUUUACGCGGGCCUCUACAUCCUGCUCGCGGCAGGGAUCCUGGCUGUGAUAGUGUCCUUCCUGGGAUGCUGCGGCACCUUCCGUGAGUCCCGAUGCAUGCUGGUCACUUUCUUCAGCUGCCUACUGGUGAUCAUCGUCGCGCAAAUCGCGGCCGGGGCAUGGUUGACCACCAACAGCGGCCGCCUCGAGGAACUGGUCAAGAAUUCCGUGUUGGACAGCGUCAAGAACAAGUACGGCGAGGAUCCCUCGUACACGGACACCGUGGACACUUUUCAAUCGGAAUUGGGUUGUUGCGGAGCUACCGGCCCGGCCGAUUGGACGGGCAGCAAGUACGCGACCAGGGAUCCCUCGAUUCCUGUCAGUCUCACUGUCUCCGGAGAUGCAAACAAUCUAUACAAAGUGCCCGACUCCUGCUGCAAAGUCAAAGACAGUGCCGCGUGCAAAGCGGCCCGGGACAUCAGAGUGGGAAGCGCGGUUAGCCCGGCAAUUUACAGCGAGGGCUGCGUAGACAAGCUGAUAGCCACGAUUGACAGCCAGAAGAGCAUCGUGAUCGUUGUAUGCGUGAGUAUAUUGAUCGUGGAGCUGCUCGGGCUAAUAUUCUCUUCGAUAUUGUAUUGCGCCAUACGUUUCUCUGAUCGAUACGUGAAAGCCUGAGCGCGAUGAUUCCGGUGUCGGUGAUCCUUCCUUACGCCACGUAUCGUUCUGUCACCUAUCACUCUGACCGAUCUGAUUUGAUCUCUGUGUGCCAAGAAUCCGAACACGUUUCGUGUGUCUGUAGAAUCCGAGCAAAUCGCUGCUGGCGAAUAUCAGACGAAAAAGAAAUGAAUCUAUCGAUCUUGCAUUGAUAACAGUCUGAUCUCUAUUGCCAAAUCCAGCUCAAAGAUGGAAACAUGUCUUUCUCGACAGUUCCACGAUAUUCGUCCGAUUCGUUCGAUUUACGUUCACGAUGAUAAUGACUCACGACACCUGGAGGAAGGUUCAUACAAAAAUUUCAUCUCUACUGACAAAUGUUCUUUUCGUCACUCGUACGUCAUAUUUUUGUCCGCGAGCGACAGCAUUUAACAUUUUACAGAGUACCCAGAGAUGAUUCGCGUCGUUUUUGUUAGGCCAAAGUAGUAGACCAAACUAACGUUAAUGUGUUAAUAGAGCGAACGAGCGAGCGAGAGGGAGAGAGAGAGAGAAAGAUUGGGGGGGGGACGAAUUGGUUGGACUUGUUACGCGAGCAAUGAGAAAUGCGAUCCUUCGUUGCAACUUUUAUGUGCAGACUUUAAUUACAAGUCGAGCAGUUCCAACGACUCGAUUCGUUCUGUUCUCCGUCUGAUUGUUGUUCUCGUAUAGGCACAAAGUGUUUCCAAUGCAGCAGAAAUUUUGUUAUUUGUGCUGUACGGUUUGGAAACGUUAUUUAAGACUCGUACACGAUAUUAUCAUUCGGUUUUAAGCGGCACCAAUUUUAACGCACGUGUACGCGUGCAUAUAUGUAUACAUUGUAAUGUAAAAGAUGAUACUCUUCUUAGGAAAGUCGUCGUCGUCGAUCUGAUCUGAUAAUAAUUAAAUAUUGACGGGAAAAUGAGAUUGUAUCAGUAUUGUAAGCUGAACGCUAUUGAACGGUUUUGUCGCGUUAUAGCGUCACGGUCUAUCCGUGCGUAUAACGUCAAGUUAUAACGUGGGGACGAUUUGUAAAACUGUCUCGGGGCGAAAUGAUGUUUGUAAAUUUGUACCAAGCGGUGGAGUAAAGAACAGACGGGAGAAAGUGGUAAAUCCUUUUAAGGAAGAGGCAGAGGAGGGCACGGCUGAACGGAGUCGACGGCUAAUUUUGUACGCGUUAGCUCGUUAUCGUACGAAAAAUCGUACGGUCCGCGUUACGUAUAGAUACAGUGUUUUCUUAACGACGACGAAGAAAAUGAAUUACGAGAUUAUUCGGCAGCGAAUCGGUCGAACGUGUAAGAAUUUCGCGGCGCUUUCGAAUCGUCGCCGUUGUAUGAAAUUGUACGUGUUAAAGAGACAGGGCGGCGGCGGCGGCGGCGGCCGCGGCGUCGUCGUCGUCGUCGUCGUCGUAGUUACCUUGAACAAUCGUGAUGCAAACGUCUAAAUGUUUCGAUGGUAUAAAACAAUGUGACGGUAAGAGCUGAUUUUUGAAUGGUCGUGUCUUAGGUAGAGAUGAAUACUUAGUAAAUAAGAGGUGUACAAUGAUAAUGGAUGCAAUGUCUAUUAAUUGUUCACCGCUGAUCGUCGAACGAAUCGUCAGGUUGUAAAAUAAAUUUCACCACUGUUCAGGAUACAGUGCUACUGUUUAUGUAUUAAUAGCAGAGAAUAACAAUGGAACAUUUGCACUCGGAAAUGAGUACGAUGAUGAUGAUGAUGAUGAUGAUGAUGACGAUGAUGAUGAUGAUGAUGAUGGUACAAAGAGAGACCGAGGAAGUCGAAUUUAAAUUCCCUUCGUUUCGCCCGUAUACGCGGUCGGUCCACGAGAAUGUACGCCAGCCGAAUCGCUUUGUAAUCCACGCGGAGCGAACGUACAGACCACGUAUGUAUAUUUAUAUAUACACACAUAUAUAGUGUCUAGUCUGUAAAGAAUAAACUCCUGAUUUACCGGGUUUUUCUUCGUCGUCGUCGUCGUUUAAGAAUUACCCCGUUCCUCGCACGGUUUUCUCACGGAAGGAAUUAAUACAUCUACGAACCGAACAAUCUCAUUGUUUAUACGUUGUGUUAUAAAAACGUUUACGCCGAGCGAGGUGUUGACUGAGUUUAUCACUACAUUUCUAUCCGUGUUUUUUUAUCUAUUUUAUAUACAUUUAAAAAUAACAAUGUACACCAUUUGAGUGAUUUCGCAGUCUUGUAUGAUUGUUUCUUUCUUUAUGACUCGAACUUCAAGAAAUUCUGGUCAAACACAAUGCGGAUAAUCGGCUAUGCGUAUACACGUCGUGUAUCUGAUGUUAUCUAUGUAAAAAUAAAUAAUAAUUAAGAAUGUAAACGGAUUGUUUGAUCAGAAAAAAGAUAUGACGCUUCGACUGCUAGAAUUUUAGUAUCGAGCGUAAUGAUGUUCUGAGCUGCAUAAAACGAAAAGGAAUUGGAAUCUUCUUGACAUGAUGGAAAAACAAAGUGACGCACACCGCGAGGAGUUCCACUCGUACAAUGUUUUCGAUUUUCAUUAUUAAUAUCGAUAUUUAUAUAGUAUUUAUGUGCAGUAGGAUUUACGUAUAGUGUAUACACUUAUAUAAACGUACAUGUAUAUACAUAUUUUCUUACUGAUUUAUCAAACAAUAUUCGAAUUUUCAUUCUUACUGAUCGCUUUAUCAUUUGUCAUUUCGAGAGAGAGGAAGAAGCGCUUACACGACACUGUAUGCACCACAACGUCGUCGUCGUCGUCGUCGUCGUCGUCGUCGUAUGCUUCGUUGAAAGACAACACGCGUUUCAACGUCGGUAAUUGAUAGGAUUAAGAUUUAAGCGCACUGAAGAUGAAUCGGUUUCCCGUGCAUCUCUAUAUAGCGCACGUGCGCGCAUACUCGAACGAUGUAUCGUCGAACGAGACGAAUGGUAUUACUUUUGUCGUAUUUUAUGGAUCAACGCGCCGAGCAACGUGACACACUUGUGAACACAAAAUUACACGAUUUACGAGUACAUACGUUCAUUUGCAAACUUGUGUAUGUUAAAUGUUACAUGAAACAUGUUUAAGAAGUUCAAUAUAUACGUAAUCAUGGAACCGA